UCUCCAUCCUUAUUCGUUAAUCUUGGUGCACUUUUUCUCGUUCUAUGUCUCUCUCUUUUCAGCUUCAGUCCACCUGUACGCUGUUUUUUUGGCCAAAUUUCCUCUCCUCCUCUCUCUCUCCCCCCGUGAAUCGCUCCUAUCAACACCCCCAACAGCCAUCGCUGAUCUUCUCUCUCCCUUUCUCUCUCUCCCCAGAACAAUGGCGGAAGGCAAGGAUACCAACAUCCAGAUCACAACAGAAUCAACAGCUCCCGUUCCUCCUGCUUCCACCACCCCCAUAUGGCAGCCUUUCCACCGGCGCCACUGGUGGUCUAUUCUGGUCGCGUUUAACGUCUUCCUCCUCCUUGCCGGCCAGACCUCGGCCACCCUUUUGAGCCGCUUCUAUUUCGACAAGGGCGGAAACUCCAAGUGGCUCGCUACCCUCGUCCAGAUCGUAGGCUUCCCCAUCCUGCUCCCCCUCUUCCUCCUAGCCCCCAUUGCCUCUACCACUUCCUCAUCCUCCUCCACCACCGUUACCGCCGCCUCCACCUCCACCUCCACGUCCUCCCCCGCCGCUUCCACCUCCACCACCGUACUCAUCUAUUUCGGCCUCGGCCUUCUCGUUGCCGCAGAUGACAUGCUCUAUACCUAUGGUGUUGCUUUCCUCCCUGUUUCCACAUACUCCCUGAUUUGCGCCACGCAGCUCGCCUUCAACUGUGUCUUCUCCUUCUUUCUCAAUUCUCAGAAAUUCACUCCUCCCAUUCUUAAUUCCGUUAUCCUCGUCAUCUUUAGCGCCGUUCUCCUCGCCGUCCGCUCUGAUACCGAGCGUCCGGCCGGCAUCUCCGACCAGGAGUAUGCAAUCGGCUUUGCCUGCACCCUCUCCGCCUCCGCCUUGUAUGCGCUCAUUCUCUCCUUGAUGCAGUUUUCCUUCCAGAGGCAUUUCAAGAAAGAGACGUUCUCCAUUGUGCUGGAAAUGCAGGUGUAUACAUCAGCGUUGGCAACGGCGGCUUGCAUGGUUGGCCUCUUCGCAAGUGGUGAAUGGAAGAAGCUGUCCGACGAGUUCUAUAGCUUCAAGACCGGUAAGAUUUCCUACGUGAUGACAGUGGUGUGGACAGCUGUUGCCUGGCAGGUCGGAUCUGUCGGCGUAGUGGGACUGAUCUUUACUGUAUCUUCCCUCUUCUCCAAUUUGAUCAGUACUGUGGCGUUGCCGAUUGUGCCUGUGUUGGCAAUCUUUGUUUUCAAUGAUAAGAUGGACGCUGUGAAACUCAUGGCCCUGCUUUUGAGUUUGUGGGGCUUUGCUUCUUAUGCCUAUCAGCAGUAUCUUGAUUCCGCUCAGAAACCCACAUCUGGUUUUGUUAUUGAGAGGAAGAAGAAAGAAAUUAAUCCUGUCGGUACUUCAAAUUUUGCUGGAUAGUGGAGGCCAGAUAGCAAGGAGAUAAGCUUUUGGCUCUUGAUCAAUUUUGCCUUCCGUUACAUUGGGCUGCUCAUUGUAUUGCAGAUGUAGGGGACGGGUUUCACUCAAUGUUAGAUUGAGGUUGGUCAUUGUACUUGCAAAUAGAACAGGUUUAAUGCAAUAUUAAGCGCAGAAAAUUAUUAGCAGGAUUUUGCUUUGUCUUGGUCAUGGAUACCACUAAUUUUUAUUGUAUUAGUCCCCAAGUUAUCUUUUUCUCUUUCCAUGUCUCGGCGCUGCUAGAUGGUUGGUCAUGGUUCACGGUAAUAUGGUAAGGCUGGAGCUUUUGCGAGUCCCGCUUUUCCUGUCUGUUCCAACUUGGGGCUGUCUGCAGAGUUUAAGGGGAGCCACUAAUAGCAUAUCCUCAACCCUUUAUGGCUUUUCUGAACCCUAUAAGAAUUGAUGACUUCAAAUUUCCAAGAGCACGCCCUGUGAUUCUUGUGGAGAGCCUGGGCAGUUAGCUGGUCUUAUCCAGGAAGGCACUACGAAAUUGAAGCAAGUGACUGUGUAUUGUAAGAGCGAGGGAGCUUCCUGUAAAUGACCAUAUCACUUGUGCUGUAGUCCUGCUUUCUCCUGUACUGAAGACCAAGUGUAAUUUUUUUGCGUUGAAUUCCUGCAGAUGGCAGACUGAAACAUGAUCUGCAGUUUGGAGGUGUACCCUUCAUGAGCUCCCCACGUGGUAGUUCGUUUGUCACUGAGGCACAGAAGAAAUGAAAGUGGUGAAGAUAAAGUUUUCA